UUGAUUACAAUUAAAUAAUGUGUGAAUUUGAGUCAGUACUUCCUGUGAACUUCCAUUCUGAAAGCAUGAAGACCUAUAAAUAAACUGAAUGUUGGUAUAUAGGUUUAGAUCUUUUAUGGUAUAUAACUUUGUAUAGUUUAAAAGUUCAUAUUUUUGUUACUUAUUAGGUAAAAACUCCCACCCCAGACACCGCAGAUUCAGAACUGGACAGCAACCUUUUACGGUCAAAGAAAGAGAAAAUAUAAUCCUAUUAGAAAACCUACCACUGUCUUUUAAGGUAGAAUUUAAUGGUCAUUAAACCUCACAAAAUCAGCCAAGACUGAAAGCCUAGAAGAACCAAAGAUUCAGACCCAUCUAUGGCAGAAAAACAGCAGAUCAAAGUGACUGCGGCCAAAGUGCUGUGCUAUGUGGAGAAAAUCUCCUCCUUCGCCUCCAACAUAAAUCCUCUCUUCGGGAUUGUGACUUCAGUGGUCGGGGUGGUCAGGAAAGGCCUCGUGGAUGAGGAGGACCAUGAGAUGAACAAGGACUUCAAACAGAUCCAUGAGAAGCUGGAAAUCAUCUCGGAGAAGAACAAGCAGACCCUGCGACAAAUCCGCAUCGACGAAAUCAAUGAGAAUUUCGGUAAGCACGAGGAAGUCAUCAAACAUCAGUACAACGCUUUCAACACCAUGGUGGAAAGAGUAAAAGUGAACCCUGAGAACUCGGAUCGUCACAUGGAGGAGUUUGUGAAGAUCUACGAGAAUGAUAAGAUGGAUCUGAGCUUAGAAACGUAUUACCGCGGAGUGAAAGGUGCCGCUCUGUUUGGGAAGCCCAUGCUGCAGGUUUACCUGGAGAACUGCCAAAGAAACAAAAAGGUGAUGGAGGCCCGCUGCUCUCACAUCGCCCACCUGUUCUACAUCGGUCUAAUGGCGCUGAUGGCCUACUACGCCGCCAGUGAAGAUGACGAGGAUGAAGUGAGAGCCAAAUGGGGCCCGAGGGUCAUUGAAAUUCAAGCCAAGAUGCAAGAAGUUCUGGACCAAUGCACUGAGGAAAACUGAAGUGGGAACAUUGCACUGAACGAUUCAUUUCAUACGCUGAAAUUUUAAAUGUUGUAAGCAGUCUUGAAUUAGGAAAUUUAAAUAAAUCGUGUGGGGUGUAAAAUGGGUGAAUCUUUUCCUGCUUGCCAAUGGACUUUUCAAUGCAAUACUAAAGUAGUGCAAAGUUUUUAACACUGUAUAUCGCAGUUUAAUUUUU